AUGAAGGACAGUUUAAACAUAUUGGUGGACUCGCCGAUAUCCGAAACCAAGUUGCGACACUACGAUGGUAGUUUUGAGAAUAGUGAUCUACUGGUGAGAACCGGGACGCGACGCGAUUACGAUGUGGAGCAGGUUCAGGAUUCUGAUGACGAACUCGAGGUAUUGACUAUGGAGAGUGUUUUGAGGAUGUCCUCGUCCCGAACAAGUACUCAGUGUACUGAGUCGGAAGAUACUGCCCAGCAACAACAAGCGGUUGAUGGUGUACAGAAUGACAUCCAUAGGGAUGAUGGGUCACCAAAAGACAACAAAACCAUGAAUAACGGUGAUCAAAUGCUUGUGAGAAUCCCUUUGAAGAAAUCAAGCAUUAAUGCUGUGCCAUUAAAUCAGCGAAAAGCAGCACCAUUGUCCGAUGGUGCUAGCAUCACAAAACCACACCACCUUGUGCGACCAACUUACAAAGUGGCCUACAGAGUGGGACUUUCACGGAGGGUCAAUGUUGAGAGCCUUCACUCGUAUUUGAAGAAAAAAGGGUGA